AUGUGGGAGUCCAGGGAGAGGUUGAGCUCGGUGACACGGCGAGAUCCCGUGGACAGCAGGCAGCCAUCCUCUCUCUCCCUCGUUUCCCGUGCCUCCCCAAACCCUAGCCGUGAACCAACCUCCUCCCACCUCCUGCUAGCCGCCAGGCCUGCCAAAGCCCAUCCGGGGCCCGCCCGAGCCGGGAUCCCCUCCGUGAGGUGCACCUCGUGUGCACAGCAACCGCUCCCGAUCUGGUUUGGGGAGAGCGAGCUCCCUGCCAGCGCCUCGCCGACCGGCCGUCGGAGGCCAACCCCAGCGACGACGACCACCAGAGAAGGUGAACCCCGCUGCCCCGCGCCGUCCACAGCCGCCGCCGCCCGCAAUUGCUGCUUCCAUGGCGCCUCCUCGCGCCUGAAAUGUCGCGCCGCCGCCUCAAGGCCGCCACCGACCGGAUCCAGCCAGAUCCGGUCCGGGAGACCCCGUCCCCACCGCCUUAGCCGGUACUGUCCCGCCUCGUUGCCUGCUCGCCGGAAGUCGUCGCCGUCGCCGCAUCUGGUUCCCACUCGGGAGCAAACACGAGGGAUACGAGGGACGAGCCCCCGUUGGCCGCGCCAUCCUGGGCCGCCUCCACUGUGCCUCGCGUGGGCCUUGGCCCAGCCGCUCGCCUGAGCCGUGGCUCAACUCGCCUCUCCCACCCAGCGCCUCCGCCCCUCCGGCCUUGCCUCUCCAGCCGGCCCGAAGGCCCGAAGGUGACCCCCCGUUGAGCCCCUCUAUUUCUCGCCUGCGCGUAGUAUUGCUAUAUUGCGCCACUGGUUUCGGCCCGUUUAGAUUUUUUAUUAGAUUUCUGCGGUUUAGUAUUUUCAGGAAAUAGAGUAAUUUCAAACGCCCGUAGAUAAUUAACCGUGCGUCGGAUCGCGACGUGUUCUGUAUGUAACUUGUGUAAUUUUUCGCGUAGAUUCUUA